AGAGGCGGGGGAGUGAGGUUGCAGCUUCUACUUCCUUGUCAAAGACAUACCAACUUUCCUUUCUAUUGCUUUUUCUUUUUCUUCAAGUACAUUUCAAGCUCUCUCUCCAUAUCUUUUAAUUCUCUAGUUGUUGAAGAGGUAGUGGUUGAGUAAAUCUCCUAAUAAAACCUUCACUUGCUCUAUACGUACCCUUUUGAGAGAGUAUUCUUAUCUGAUCAAAUUCUCAUACCAAUCCAAUCUUACAUCUAAUCUAAUAUACGAGUUUAGCAUUCUUUUUCUUUAGUUUUUGGCUUGAGCAAGACUUUUUAACUCGAACGUGUAAUAAAGUUAAAAUGGUUUUCUCACUUGCUUUGCUAAGCUUUCUCUGAAGGGUGUCAUGCAACUAACUUUCUCUAUCCAAUAGUCUAUUUCAUAUGAUCAUAAGAUCAGUCCUUUCAUUUCGUAAAAACAGAGGAUUAGUAUAUUCAUUGGAGGGAAACCCAUUAUGCCUUUCGGUUUGCUCUCGGCGUGGAACAAGCGCCGGAGAAGCAAAUCCCAUGAUCAAUCAGACCCUUGGGUUUAUAAAACAGUGGAGCAUUGGCAGCUUGAAGAACAACCACCGCGAGCCGCCAAACGACACCAUGGAUCAUCAGUUUUCACAUUGAGAGAGAUGGAAGUGGCAACGGGUUCUUUCAGGGAAGAAAAUUUUCUUGGAAAAGGAGGCUUCGGUCGAGUAUACCGAGGCACUUUGCAGUCGGGAGAGGUAGUGGCAAUCAAGAAAAUGGAGCUGGCACCAUUUAAAGAAGCUGAGGGAGAACUGGAAUUUCGUGUAGAAGUUGAUAUAUUGAGCAGACUUGAUCACCCAAACCUGGUUACUUUGGUGGGCUACUGUGCUGAUGGGAAGGACCGGUUUCUUGUAUAUGAAUAUAUGAAAAAUGGGAAUCUGCAAGAUCACUUAAAUGGAAUAGGGGAAGCUAAGAUGGAUUGGCCUAAAAGGCUAAGAGUGGCGCUUGGAGCAGCAAAGGGACUAGCUUAUCUCCAUUCAAGUACUGCUACUGGAAUGCCAAUUGUACAUAGAGAUUUCAAAUCCACCAACAUUCUUUUGGAUAACAAUUUUGAAGCAAAGAUUUCUGAUUUUGGUCUUGCCAAGUUCAUGCCAGAGGGCCAGGAAAUCUAUGUCACAGCUAGGGUGCUUGGCACAUUUGGCUAUUUUGAUCCGGAAUAUACAUCGACAGGGAAGCUCACUUUACAAAGUGAUGUUUAUGCAUUUGGAGUGGUUCUUCUGGAAUUAUUGACUGGACGUCGGGCUGUGGACCUGAACCUGGGACCAAACGACCAAAACCUUGUUCUACAGGUAAGGCAUAUAUUGAAUGAUAGAAAGAAGCUGAAGAAGGUAAUAGAUCCAGAGUUGAGUCGAAGUUCAUACACCAUGGAGUCUAUAGCGAUGUUUGCGAAUCUGGCAUCGCGGUGUGUUAGAGUUGAGAGCAGCGAGAGACCGUCCAUGGAAGGGUGUGUAAGAGAACUCCAGCUGAUAAUCUAUACAAAUUCAAAAGGCUUGGGAGGGGUUACGUAUGCUUUUAGAAAGCUCCAACAAGCAUAAUUGUAAUAACUUCCAGGUUAAACUGUUAAUAUCAUAAUAAUAAUAUGCUCGAUCAUUCCAUUGA